CACCUGCCGGCUAAACGCCAGAUGCCUCUGCGCACAGAGAAGUUUGUCACGUGGCUUCAACAGAGCGUGCAGGGACCAUUCGGCCGCUGUCCAGAUCUCUCCAAUUGAUGGGGCUGCUGUCUCACCUGGAAGCUGAACUGUGCAUUAUGUGCUGUUACAAGAAGCGCAGCCAAGGACACGAGAGCAUCAGCAGAGAGAGGAGGAAGAGGAGAGAGAAAGGUGCCUCCUCUCGCCAUUGCGAUCACUGUCUUGCUGCUGUACCGAUGUUGGUGUAAAAAGCUGCUUCAACAGGAGGCGAUAGGAGCGGCGUCGGAGCGGGGAAUCUAACUUCACACACGGACAGACAUAUGCUUGGAUUUCGGCUCUUUUACCCUUCGCCAAUGCAAAAGGAAAUAUGCAGCGAAGCUUCACCAUCCUCUACACCAGUUUACUGGGGAUGUGCUUGGGUUCAAGCUCAAGUUUUCCAAGUAACAUCAAUAUAGGAGGAUUGUUCCCAACAGAAUCGCACGAAUAUGAGGUUUUUCGUUUCGCCCUCUCGCACCACCAGGACAUCCCCAAACUGGUGCCGCAGGUGGAUAUGGUCAAAAUGGGGAAUAGCUUCUCCAUGACAUAUGCCUUUUGCUCCCAGUUCUCCAAAGGUGUGUAUGCCAUCAUCGGCCUGUAUGACCGGAAGACGGUCAACAUGCUCAUGUCCUUCUGCGGAGCGCUGCAUGUCUGCUUCGUCACGCCAUCCUUCCCCAUCGAGACGGCAAACCAGUUUGUCAUCCAGCUGAGGCCUGAGCUGCAGGACGCUCUGGUGGGAGUGAUCGACCACUAUGGAUGGACCAAGUUUGUCUACAUGUACAGCUCUGACUCAGGCCUGUCGGUGCUGCAGAAGGUUCUGGACACAGCAGCAGAGAGGAACUGGCUGGUGACUUCAGUCAAUGUGGAGACCAUGACCGAGGCCUCUUUCUUGAAAGUGUUCCAGGAUUUGGACAAGAGAAAGGAGGGCCAGAUUAUCAUCGACUGUGAGACUGAGAGGCUCACCGGUAUCCUCAAGAAGAUUGUUGAACAAGGCAAGAAUGCAAAGAGCUACCACUACAUCCUGGCAAACCUGGGUUUCCUGGACAUUGACCUGACAGACCUGAGGAAAGGAGGAGCCAACAUCACCGGCUUUCAGCUCGUCAACAAUUCUGAGCCCAGUGUAAGCCGUGUCGUCCAGCAGUGGCUCGAGUUUGACAACAAAGACUCCAAAGUGCCCAAGACUGGACUCAAAUACACAGGCGCUCUAACAUAUGACGGGGUGAAAGUCAUGUCAACAGCUUUCCAGAACCUACGGAGACAGAGGAUAGACAUAUCUCGCAGGGGCAACGCCGGAGAAUGUCUUGCCAACCCACCAGCUCCCUGGGGACAGGGCAUAGACAUCCAGAGGGCCCUGCAGCAGGUUCGUAUAGAUGGAUUAACUGGCCACAUUCAGUUCAAUGAGAAAGGCCGCAGAACAAACUACACUGUUAGUGUCAUGGAACUGGCCCCCUCUGGACCCAAGAAGGUUGGCUACUGGAACGAAGAUGAGAAGUAUGUGACUACAGCCAGCUUUGUGAGAGGCAGCAAUGAGACCUACGGCCUGCAGAACCGGACUUACAUCGUCACCACUAUUCUGGAGUCUCCAUAUGUGAUGCUGAAGAAGAACCACGAGCAGCUUGCAGGGAAUGAUAAAUACGAGGGUUACAUUGUGGAGCUGGCUGCAGAGAUAGCCAAACAUGUGGGCUACCAUUACAAACUGAAGGUUGUUUCAGAUGGCAAAUAUGGAGCCAGAGAUCCUGAGACUAAAAUGUGGAACGGCAUGGUGGGGGAGCUGGUGUAUGGGAAAGCAGACGUGGCAGUGGCUCCCCUGACCAUCACCCUCGUCCGUGAAGAAGUAAUAGACUUCUCCAAGCCCUUUAUGUCCCUUGGAAUCUCCAUCAUGAUCAAGAAACCCACCAAAUCCAAACCUGGCGUCUUUUCAUUCCUGGACCCGCUGGCUUAUGAGAUCUGGAUGUGCAUCGUGUUCGCCUACAUCGGUGUCAGUGUUGUCCUGUUUCUUGUCAGUCGCUUCAGCCCGUACGAGUGGCACGCCGAAGACUACGAGGAGGGAGCCGAGCCUCAAACGCCCACUCAAACUUCAGCCACUAAUGGGGUGCAGCAGGGCCAGACUCAGACGCAGCAGAACCCAAACCAGCAGAGUCCGGAGCAGACCAACGAGUUUGGCAUCUUUAACUCCCUUUGGUUCUCGCUGGGGGCUUUCAUGCAGCAGGGCUGUGACAUCUCUCCACGCUCCCUGUCUGGCCGAAUCGUUGGAGGCGUCUGGUGGUUCUUCACCCUCAUCAUCAUCUCUUCCUAUACUGCCAACCUGGCUGCCUUCCUGACAGUGGAGAGGAUGGUGUCUCCUAUAGAGAGUGCUGAGGUUGCUAAGCAGACGGAGAUCGCCUAUGGGACCCUGGAUGCUGGCUCCACCAAAGAAUUUUUCAGGAGGUCUAAAAGCGUGUUUGAGAAGAUGUGGUCCUACAUGAAAGCGGCCGCCCGUCUGUUUUCGUCAAGCCACAGACGAGGGGUGAUGCGAGUCAGGAAGUAAGGGAAGUACGCGUAUUUGCUGGAGUCCACUAUGAAUGAGUAUAUAGAGCAGAGGAAACCCUGCGACACAAUGAAGGUGGGAGGAAACCUGGACUCUAAAGGUUAUGGCAUCGCCACACCCAAGGGCUCUCCGCUCAGAAACCCAGUAAACCUGGCAGUGUUAAAACUGAACGAGCAGGGCCUCUUGGACAAAUUGAAAAACAAGUGGUGGUACGACAAGGGAGAGUGCGGCAGCGGGGGCGGGGACUCCAAGGACAAGACGAGCGCUCUGAGCCUCAGCAACGUGGCAGGAGUCUUCUACAUCCUGAUCGGCGGCCUUGGCCUGGCCAUGCUGGUGGCGCUGGUGGAGUUCUGCUACAAGUCUCGGACCGAGUCGCGCCGAAUGAAGCAAUCCAUUAACGAUGCCAUGCACUGCUCCACCUUGACCCGGAUGAGUGGCAAUGGGAAUGGCGGAGAAAACGGACGAAUCCUCACCCACGACUUCCCCAAGACCGUUCAGACGCUGCCCUGCAUGAGCCACACCGCCAGCAUGGGACUGGGAGCCCCGGCAUGUGAUCAUCACGUGACUGUGCUGGCGGCGAGGAAUCGGCAGGGUGGGGCAGAAAAAAAGAGCACAAUGACUCUAAUGACCUCACAAAUCAUGGCUGUCCGGUUUGACCCAUCUAUCAUCCUGGCUGUCAAGGUGCCCGACUUGAACAAGACUUAACUUACUGCCAAAAUGCACUCUUGAAUCGCUCCUUACAAACUACGAACACAGACUCGCAACAUUUUUUUUAAACAAAUGGAUGUUGGGAAAAGAGAUCAUGAAAAAAAGAAGGGAAAUGUGCUGCAAUAAAGAAGCCGUCAACUGGGCGUGUUUUUGAAUUUUUUACAGUGUUCAUUUGUGUGGGGAUAAAAACAAACUCUUCUUCAGUGUGAUGCCUGCGCUGUGCCAUUUCCACAGAGCUGUUGACAUUAGUCUGCGUGUGCAAUAUCUUCACCUCCACUGCUGACUUUGUACUACCUAGAUGCUUCUGAUGGCCGAGGGAACGUGUCUUUGCACAGAUGUGGCAGAGGAGGAAAAACACUCUGGACUGCUACGAUGAUUUGCUAUCAUUUUGGGACAUUCCCGCUCUCUCCACUCCCACAUUUACACCCCAUUUUUGAAGGACAGAGUGCUCUGUGUAGCAUAGCCAGUUUGUAAGGAACAGUACAUGAUAUACACUGUUGCCACAGCGCUAAGAAGAGGCAGUUUGAUUUGAUUUCUCCCUGGCUGAAGGCUGUUUAAAUCAGUGGUUGAAAAGGCUACAACACAAGUGCAUUGCUGCUACACCUCAUUUAACACAUCAUGCCUUGUCUUUGUGCCAUAUGACCAUUCUCAAAUAGAAACACACACUAUACACUUGUUGCUACUUGUUAAUUUAGUGGGCCAACAGGUACAUCAUUUGAGGACAGAAUUAGAAAUGCUUACUUAAACCUGUUUGAAGAAUGCCACAGAUUACACAACAACAUAUUAUGUACAGUACUGAGUGACCUUACACUGUAUUCUACUGUUGUGACAUUCAUAGCAUAUCCAUUUAUACACAUAGGGGUCUAUUUGCAGCAUAUGCCUAAGAGCAAAGAUUGACAAAUUCAGAUGUAAUCUGGAGGAAAAAACUCCUGAUCUUUUAUGGAGCUGUUGUUGCUUCGUGCCCUCCCUCCUGUGCUGUAUUUCUGCUGUUUUAAUGGGAACAGCACAGCUAUUUGCUCUCGGUUCAUUGAGAGUGGCAUAUCCCCUGCAGAUCGUGUGUGGCCUAUAAAAGGAAAAUUGGCCUCCUCUCACCGUUGCUAGCUAGCUGGGGAAAGAGGCAGAGUUGGGAGACUUGGUGUGACUGACAGAUUCACAACCACCUUUUUUCUGUGUUUAGUGGAAGUCAAGGUUAUGGUGGUCCCUGCACUGCUCAACGGAAGACUUCUCCUUUUCAGAUCAUGUCAAGCUAACAGGAGUCAGAGUGGCAGGCCCUGGACAGGAGAGGGCAGAGAUGACAGUAGACAGACAGUCCAAAUUUGCCAUGCAGGCUUUAAAGUAAAACCCCACCUCAAUACAUCUCAAAAUUAGAACACAGAAUGACUAAUGGUGUUGUGAUUUGCAUUUCUUGGCUCAUACUAUGUAAGUUAGUGCUAUUUUCAUGACUGAACUGUAGUACAUGUACUGAUUUGAAUGAGGCUUGCUUAUUCGUAUUUGAAUUACAUUUAAAAAAAAAAGGUGUUGGCUCAUACCUCGAAGGCCCUAAAAACCCAUGUACUUCUAGUUUGACAUCCUGGAACGAGAAAAGAGGUCUGAGACAGGUCUCAGCCAAAGUUUAAACUGUUUUGGUUUGCUUCAACUACAGGUAUCAACAUUUUUGGACUUGUCUGUUCUCUUUUUAGACAUGGUACAAUUGGGAUAAAGUAAUAUUUAAACAAAAAUGUGAUGACCAUGUUGAAGGCAAUUAAUGUGACCAGCACAGUCUAGAUAAAAGCUGAUUUGACAAGUUUUUGGGAAUGAAAGUCUUUGUUGAUGGUACUUUGGCUUUUUAUGGAUACAAAUAGAAGACCAUGCAUUUUGAAAUGUGUUUUGAGGGAUUUAAAUCAUUUUUAUUUUCCUGCUUCUGGCACCCUUAAUUUCCCUGAAGACAAAGAUACAGUGCUGAAAAACAGUUAAUAAAUGUGUGGUGAUGCUCAAAGAUCAGCAGUCACCAUAUUGGAAAUGCUGACUCUAGAUAACUCCCUGCUAAUCUAGCCACAGCUUUGCUGCCUGGUAAAUAGCUCCAACACAGCCAUCCAUCAAUCAAAUCAGCAACAUACCUAAUUAUGUAUAACUCUGCCCCUCAAAAACUACACUCCCUGAGUAGCAGAAAACAAAUAAAGACCAAAACUUUUUCUGUACCGAGCUGUAAACAUGUUUAAAUCUGCUUUAAAAUUGGGCAUUUUAUUAUGGGCUCUAAUGGAGUUUCUUAAGUUUUUGGAGCCAGCCUCAAGUGGACAUUUGGGGAGCUGCAGUUUUUUGCACUUUGGCAGUUUACAAAACCGAAGUUUGCUGCUUGAAUGUAUAUCAAGAAGAUACAGGAAAUCAUUUAAAUUGGAAUGAAAAGUCGGGAUCACUUUGCUUAUCUUGUCUUCUACAUAGUAAGUCAUACUUCCUGAUUAAUAGAAUGAUCCUUCUGUAUUUCAAGAGUCAAAAAUGUCACUCACUGUUAAUCUUUGCUGUGGAAAACAUAACCAAGACUUUUUCUGCAGUGUGCUGUAAAUCACCUGGUCUGAAAGCUACACGAUGGCAGCAUUUACAGGUAUUAAUUUCACUUCAUAGAAAUAAUACAAUUUGUUGACAGUAGUCUUUUCUUUUUUAAGGUCAUUUAACCACAACAGGAUUAAUUUCAGUGUGUUUCACAACCAGCUGAAAACUCCUCACAGGAGCUUUAAAAUGAGCAGAUAAGUUAUUCAUCACAGCCUAUGACCAGAAAUGCACUGAACAACAUCAUGCAUGGUUUGUAUCCAUGAGUCGGAGGGUAUGAUUUUACUUGAAGGUGACUGGAAGGUUGCUGCUUGAAAAGGGAUUUCCUCUGCUGCUGGAGGCCGGAGGUCAUUUUUAGAUUAUGUACCGCACACUCUCUCUGACCUCUCAUUUCACAGCAGAGGCCAAGCGCCUGAGCAAAAGCAGCACUCCUCCUCUGUCUCUACAGCGAGCCGUCCAUUCUUUUUUCAUCUCUACAGAAUUUCUGCUUUAAAAAAAAUGGAACCAAAUCAAAAGUAUGACCUCUGUUUCUCUACACUGUCAUACAGCGAGAAAAAUGGGCAGUCUGAGUUUACUAAAUCAUACAUAUCUCCACCUAUUAUGUAUAUAAAAGGCUUCUCUCUCCUCCCCAGUGAAAAUGUUUGUUCUCCUCCCCAUUGAGCCUCAGUGUACCUGGAUUAGUUCCCUGCUGCGUGAGUGCUUUUCCUUUUCUUCCCUCAUCUCUGCGUCUUCUUUUGCUGAUGUUGUACAACUUAGGACACAGCACAGCACUCUUCAGUGGAGGCUUUACCUUCAGACAGAUGUUUUAUGCCAUAACAGAUUUGUAAAAAAAAAAAAAAAAAAAGCCACUCAAUGUUUGUAAUAUAAAGGAGAGUUUGGGUUCCAUGAAAGUGUUAUACACUUUGACGAGUGUAAAGAAAUUACAAAGCAGCCACUCUGGUGUUGAAUAAUUCGUAGAUGCUAAUGUUUUUGAGUUCAUUUUGUUUCAUUUUGUUUCAAUUUCUUGUCAGUGUUUUUUUAAGUGCUUAACUUUAACACCAUUUGAAUAUUUCUUUGUCGUUUUCCUUUUUCACAGUAUUUACUACUGGAAUUUAAUCACCAGAAACAUCUUUAUUGUUGUUUUUUAACUACGGAAAGGGUGUUGCUGAGUUUAAAAAUAAAAUAAUGGUCUAUAAAGGGUUUUUAAGUUUAAAAAAUGUUUAAGAGUAUACUAUUAGGAAUCAGACUUUUGAGAAAUAAACUUUUUUUUCUAACCAAAGUGUCCUGGAAGGAAGUCAUCAUGCUUUUGUAACGGAAUAAAGAAAUAAACUAUGAA